CAUAUCUUGUCCAAAAUUAAGAUAGGGAAAUGAACUUCAUAUAAAUGCGCUGGUAAUGAAACAAAAAAAACGAAUUAGACUUAGAAUUUUGAGGAAUCUAAGAAUUUAGAUCAGAAUUUCUAUACUGUCUGCUUGACAAACAUGAUUUAUGUUGAUGUGUCGAAUUAUGUCAAAGUGAUUUUUUCUUGUCGUUCCUUUCUUGUCCGUGCUAGAAUCUCAGAAUUAAAACCGUCCAUGUGUAGAAUGUUGUCGUUAUUAAGAUUUUUAAUCUAGACCAUGCAUGUUUAUGUCCAUCUAUGGUCCAUCUAAUGUCAUCAUUGUCAUUAUUUCAAAAACCUCCAAAAAUGUAAAGUUGGACAAAAGUAUAAAAAAUAAGUACCUACAUAUACAUAACUGAAAUGUACAACAGUGUAAAAAAGACCAUGGCAUAAACUACAAAGAAACCUUAUAUUGGCGAUGGCGUUGCUUCAUAAAUCUCCCGCUUUAUUCAUCCCAGAUUCUACUGAAGAUUCAAUCAAGAAAGCUAAAGAAAUGAAAAAACCUCAAAGAAAAAUGUACAUACCCAUCAAAAUCCAAACGAACGCUAUCAAAAAGGACGAUAUUGCCAUAAACGCGACAUACAUUAGCAUCGAGGAUCUGACCAACGAAGAAGAAAGGAAGAAGGCAAGACAGAGAGCGAGGAAUGUGGAAGUGAGAUACCUCGACAGCAUUCGUAAUAUAAGGGACAAAAUCAAGUCUUCUUACUCAUGCAACAAGGAACAAUGUCCCAUGGUAAAGGAGCGACUGGUUCAACACCAAAUAGAACAUCACUCCAGCACUUCGCCGCACCAUUGCCAACGCAAGAGCCAAACAACUUUACAACAGACGGAGCCUGAAAGCGUCUCAGUAGGAACCAUAAAUCACUUCGAGACUGCAGACGCUUACCUCAAAAAAUCGGUUGCAACAUCACCGAAACCAUCGAUUCUAAAGCGAGCCAUCGUCCCAAAGCAUUCAGAAAACCAAUCCAUGCAGACAACCCCGACCUUUAUAGAUUUCAGUCAUCCAGCACAAAGCUAUGUCAGCAGAUUGACAAAAAAUGAUGUUCAAACGAAUUUAAACUAUAAUGACUUAGACAAAACUGAAGAAUUCAUACCGACGGAAAACAAAAUAUCAUUUACUACCAGUACUAACUGUGUUAUGAAGGAUGACCUGCGUAACGUUGUCAUGAAAUGGCACGAGGACAUACCUGUGUACCCCAACUUUAGCCUCUCCGUAAAGAAUUUAAGAAAAACUCUAAUAAAUGAAUUCGUUGAGAAAAUUUACUCACAUAUUAAUGAAGAAAACACCGAUGAAGAAUACGAAAACAAAGUGAAAUUAGAAAUAGAUGAUUUACUAAAUACUUUACCUAUGUGGUAUCCAGGUGCAAAGAAAGAUCAAGAAAUGUUAAAAGACAACAUUAAAAAUAAUCUGAUUAUUAAAAUAAAGGAAUUGCGCAGUAGAGUUGAUUACAAGAAAAUAACGAAUACGCAAAUGGAUGAGCGCGUUGGCAAAAAUGGACAUACAAACUUAACAAAUCAGUUUCAAAAUGAAAACGUAGUCAAGUUAAUUGAAAAUGAAAUAAUAGACUGGCUUAUGCAAAUUAAAUUCAAAGAAAGUGAAGAUAUUGGAAGGACAAUAAACAUAAUUGAUACAACAGAUAUAUUUGCGAAGCGUUUGAUGCCAUUAUUAAAUAAACCUGUGUGUACAAGAAACUAUAAAUUAAUAUUGAAAAGUGUCAUAGUAGAAACUUUAAACAGCUUGCCGAAUGUUUUCCAAUAUCCGAAGAAUAAGAGACUUUACUUAAAUCGUAUAGCAGAAGAACUGACGAAUAGACUUCUUUAUAUUCAAGUAAAAUGCAAAGAUUCAAGCAGCUGUCAAUUUCUUAGGGACAGAAAGAUGUAUCAAAUGACAGUUUCUAGCAACUCGGACAUUAAGCUAUCAUCACUUAACAGGAUGGAUUGUUUUAAUCCAUAUACGCUUGGUCCUCGCUUUCAUAUCAUCGAAGAUGUUACUGAUAUUUUAGCCGAUUGUAUUGAAUCAAUAAGCUUUGAUGAUAUAUACAAGGGGAAUAAUGCUAGUAACACAAGACAAAACUCAAUUGAAUCCUCAGAAACCCAAACUUCCAUAGAAGUUAGCAAUGCUAUAGUCGAAAGCAUUAGAGAUGCUUUGACUGAGGAUAUUAUUAACGAUGCACAAUAUUCAAACAAUAGUAUCAGAAGGUCUUGUCUUACUAAUGCAGUGUCAGUCUAUAAAUCUGAACAAGAUUUGUCUAGGCGAUCAAAUUUUCCUGUUACCUCGACACCAAAGCGAAAAACUAACCAAACAGAAAUAAACAAACAAAAUCCAGAAGAAAUAGCGUACAGCAAAACAAUUUCUGAUAUUAUAAGAGGAUGGAUGAAAACUCUACCAAAAAACUUUCAUGAUGAUAAGAAAUUCAAAUAUACCGUUAUUAUGGAUUUAACUGGAGACAUAGUUGAUCAAAUAAAAACGGAGCAAUUAGUUCACCUAAGCGAUAUAGAUAAGAAUAAAAUAAUGUAUUAUACUAUAUUUAGAUGGUUGUAUCGAUUUGACAUAUUUGAAGAUAAUUUAUCUGAAGACAUACCUCAGAUAAGAGAUCUAAUAAAUUGCUUAAGCCAAGUGCCAGUUCCCGAUUUGACAAGACCAAGGCAUGGAAACCGUCAAACAAUGGCAAAUGCUAAAAUGAAAGAGUCGAAGCGCGAUUUCUUUGUGCCCAUGGGAACGGAUGUUUUAAAAGAUGAAAUAUCAAUUUGGAUAAAUGAACAUUCUAAUAUUAACUUAAAGGCAGACGUGUCUAACCGUAGUAGGAUGGUAGAAGAAUUAGCAAAUUCAUUACAAAAUUGCUUGGUUAACAAAAGAUCUGAAACCGAAAUAAACAAUGUCAUUUCGAAUUGGUUAAAAAAGACUAUGAAGUCAACUGAAAAGGAAAACAUUGACAAAUUUACUGAAACUCUCAAGAAUAGAAUAGUGAAGCUACCUCAAGACGAUACAUUAGCUAAAAAUCUUCAUAUUAAAAUUUACAGAAAAUUGGAGGCUGAAGCCAACGCCAACGCAGCCAACCCACGACAAGUCUCAAUUAUGACACAUGACCUAGAUGACGAUAAAGAUGAAACUAUGAAAGAAUUUAUAGCAAAAUAUAUGGAACAUAAUUACGAUGUCGAUGACACUAUAGCACGGGGAGCAUUUACUGAACUGUUAAAAACUGAAAUACGAAAAUUAAAUCCACCAACAAGAAAAGAAGUGUACGACAAAUUCACUAAGCCGCACGAUGAAUUAUCUACAGAUAGACUCGAUAAAGAAUUGCAAUACAUAAAGAUUGUGUCCGACUGGCUUAAAAAUAUUCCUAUCGAUAAUUCAUUUAACACGCCUCAUAAUAGAAAUAGGAUUGAAAUAGUUAAUGAUUUAGCAAGAAAUAUCUAUGAAGUGGAGGAAGAAAGACGACGCGCUCCAACAGCUAUGGAUUAUGAUAUGUACUUGGCAUCAAUCAUAAGUCAAUUUACAAACGUAUUGCCUAUACCACCCGAACACAAAGGAAAUGUAAUGUUCAUGAUUGAUGAAUUGAUCGGUAGAAUAGUAUCGGACAGAACUCCUAUAAUAUGUUGUCAACAUCCAAAUCAGUCCGAUAUCUCCAAGAAUACAACUGGAAUACAAGAACAAAAUAUAAGUGAAUUUAUUCAUCAUUAUAUUCAUCUUAAUGCUGGCGAGUUCGGUGAUGAUCAAAUGAAAUUGGACGCUUGGUCGUCUCGCUUGAUGAAAGAAGUGAAGAAAAUAAUCCAGCAAACAGCAGAUCCAUCAACUCUAUGUAAAACUCAAGUUUAUAAUAAACUAAUUAAUAUACCUUUACCUGAACAUGAAUCUGUGAGACUUUUUGGUUUAGAAUUAGGUUAUGCAAAGGAAAUAUCAGAUUGGCUUAAAAAUUUACCUCUGCUCCCAUUACAAACUCAGGAAGCAAAUGAUCAAAGAGUAAGUAUGAUAAGUGAAUUAGCAGAAAAGUUUUCAGAAUGGGACAGAAAGAAGAUCACUGAUCCUUCGAGCGCCCCCAGCAAUACAAACAUUGAAGAAUUCAUCACACAAUGGAUAAAAAGAAUAUCUCUUGAACCAAAAAAAGGAAUCGAUAUUUCUAUUCUUAUACCACAACUCUUAAGAAGAAUAGAAAAUAUUAAUAAAGGCUCGGAAGUAUCAACUUUAGAAUCAACAAAGAUAGAAAAUCUUUCUCCUGUUAAACCGAAUAAAAGUAAAUUCAGAAUAAAUAAGUCUCGAUCAAAAGCUCAAAAAUGUAGGCCAUCUUGCUGCGGUUUUGAUAACAGUAAAGCUGGUCAAGUUAUUGUGGAUGCAAUAGAAAACUGGAGCAAUAGUCUGCCUUUACGAAGUCAUAAUAAAUAUAGUAAUAAAAGUAGUAAAGACGAUAUCGCUAGAAAACUAUAUCAGAAAGUUGGAGACCUUAGUGUUGACCCCCAAAUAAUGAAUGAUGACAGUUUGUUUCAAGAACUUUUUGAAGAUGAAGUGAACACCGUACUUAGUCAUUUAGAUCAAGAUCCUAACAUUCAAAAAAAGAAAGAAACUUUGAAAAAUGAUCUAAUAGAGAAAGUCAUGGAAGCUAAAAGCAUUGUUCAAGAAGCUGUUGCUGGUGGAACUUAUAAGCUACUUUUAGAAAAUACGAUCGAAGCGUCUAUUCCUAAUCCUAAAUCGAACAAGCAAUGGUAUGAUCCUGGUUUCGAAAUUUACAAAAAUCGUUUAGCAGAUAUGUUUAUAUUGGACAAUUUUGAUCACGGGAAUGAUGCUGUUAAAAUGAAAUACGAGAGAAAGAUAAGGCACGAAGUAGAUAAAUAUUUUGAAAGUGCACAGAAUCGAAAUGCUGCACCUAUUGGAAAAGAUGAAAUAUAUAAUGAGUUGUAUAGUGCUCUCUUUAAAGUGAGGGUUCCUAAUGAAGCAUCAGCAGUAGCAGAAGUAGAAGAAGUGAAGACAAGGUGUGAAAUAGACAUAUGGUUUGAAGGCUUACCAAUCCGCGAACCCACGGAUUUAUCUGAACUCUUAGAGUGGGAUAAAAUUCUAUCAAUGCUAGCCAAAAGAUUACAUGCAAUGGAAAAAAAUGGGCAAAGUUCAGAAGGCAAAAUGCAUAAAGAAAUAGCUAAAUGGAUCAUUCGAUUCCCUUUACUUGGAGGAGAAGAAUACAACGUUGACAAGUUUGCUGAAGAUUUACAAAAUAGAUUGAAGACUUCGAAAGAAGAUAGGAAAUAUGUUACUAGUUCUUCUAAGGGUAAAGAAAUUAAAAAAGUUGCAAAACGUAAAGGGUCAUUUGGUAACAAAAGUCAGAUACCGGGCCCAAGUAGCAAGGGUCAAAUAUGGAAAAGUAAUAAUGAAUUGUCACAAACAUGCUGUCAAUUAUCUGCAGACGCUCGAAAAAAACCAGCGGAACUUGUGCUAGAAACUGUCGAAACGUGGUGCGAAAGACUACCUCUACCUAUUAUAACUGCGCAAGAUGAAAUCAAUAACAAAAUAAUAAGAGACAACCUACUUACUCAAAUCAUUAUCAAAAUAUGUGCACUUAAUGGUGAUCCACAAACAUUCAAUGAUGAAAUACUAUAUCAAUAUUUUUUGGACGUUGAACUUGAUAAUUUGUUGACAAAAGUGCCAAUUUGUUGUCAAUUUGAAAAUACAAAAAAAUAUAAGAAAUCGCAGUUGAUAGGAGCUAUUCUACAGAUUUUGCCUUUGAUGAGGGAAGAAAAAGCCUGUUACGAAUAUAAAAAAGAGUUAAAAAGUAUUAUAAAUACUGUUUUAGAAGAACCAUUGGAUACAACAGCUGAAAAAGUAGCAUUAUUUAAUAAACUGAAGGAUGAAAUUGUUGAAAAUUAUGUCCAACUUCAUUAUUACAGAGAUGAUGACGAAGGCAAACAAAUUUAUAAAGCAAAUUUGCAUGAAAUUGUAUCUAAAUAUUUACAAAAUAUACGAGAUAAAUCAGAUAUCUCUUCAAUGGAUUCAUUAAUGAAACAGAAUCAGUUAACAUGUGAAUUAGCCAAGGUUCCUAUACCCUGCGAAAGGGUUAUCAAAGAUCAAGUAGAAGAAAUCAGAAUGAGAGAAGAAGUUCAAGAAUUUUUCGAUAGUUUGGCUUUACCUGAAGAAUCGGAAGAUAAAAUUGCACUAAGAAAUAAUAUUGCAACAAGUUUAUCAAAGCGCCUUAAAGACAUAGAGCAGGCUGGUCACAGUUGCGAAAAUGACUCAAAAAUGAAAAAGGAAAUUGAGAGAUGCAUAAAGAAAAUAAAUUUGGAAGUCGCUCCUGAGAAAAUCGAAGAUUUUGUAAAUACAUUGAAAGAUAAUGAAGCGAUAAGAAAAACUCCCCCUCAUAAGACGUCUGCCUCACAAGUAUUACCAAACCAUUUGGAUUCAAACCAUUCUGAUAAAAGGCCUAAUACAGGACAAAACUCUAGUAUGAAAGACUGGAGUAGCGACAAAAGAAGCUUGAAUCCUCCGUCAGAAUACAAAGAAUUUGGAGGAGUCCACAUUCCGACGAGUUCUUCGCUAUCAAAUCAGGAGGGGCAGCAAUGUAACAAUCAGAUUUCUACAACAGUUCCCACAAUAAAAACACCAGAUGGUCACGAAAACUCCUUGAAUCAACCACAAAGAUACGCGCAAAGGCAGAAUAACAAAAAACAAGGUCGCAACUCAGAUGAUGAAGCUGCCAAUGAAGUGUGUAAAUGUGAAUCUAGGAUAAAAAGCAGGCUCAGAGUGCGCCCUCGAUGCGUCUUACGCCGAAAAGAUUAUUGUGAAGAAUGCGAUCAAUUCGGAUGGAUACCAAUGCCUUAUCGAAUGCCACUGCCCAGAUGUUAUUUUUAUUAGAAUAGUAUUCCUCGAUCACAAGUUUAUAAACUUUGACUCGUCAUCUUACUUUACACAUAAAUUUGUACCUUAUUUAAUUUAGAAGUUAAAGAUAUAAAAAUCGAUGUUAUUGUGGAUCUCCUCAAAAUAGAUUUAUCAUCGGG